CGUACCCCCUUUUCCGAGACUACCCGUAGCCAGUUGGCAAAGAGCCCUCAGAUCCUGUCAGUAUGAGGGGCGCAUGGUUGCACGCUCUCCCUUCCCGGCAGUCGGGAGUCAGAUUUGAAUGGGCGGGGCGGGCGCACGCAGCGGGCCCCUGGACUUGCGAAAGGCCGGUUGUUGUCACCUUCGCCCCGCGAUCUCGUGCCUUCCGCGGGAAGACGUCCGGCAGGAUCGAUGGCUCAUCAGCUUUCCCUCCGAAAUUUCAUCCGCCGACGACGGCGAACAGGAGCCGGACACGUGUCGGAUGUGCGAGCCGACUGUCCCGCCAAGGUGGCCCAUUGGGUGUGAGGUCUCAACUUGUUGUCCCCGCUUCUCGCUGUUGGCGGCCAUCAGCGCCACGUAGCCAAACAGACGGGAAAGGCGUUGGACUUGGGGGUAUCUCACGCCACGUACGCUUGCCACGUGUUCGAACAGAAGAGCGCAGAUGCGUUCCUUCAACGACUAUCUGGCAGACAGUCGAGAUAGGCGAUGGACUCGUCGCUAUCUCCCGUCAGGUGCGCCUGCGACGCGGACGAACGAGCGAGCGCAGACGCCUCAGCGCGCGAGCUCUCGAGAAAGAGAACGGAGAUGAUGACAGCGACUACUCGGCGCGCACCGCUGCCACCGUCGUUGUGGAUGACGUGGACCUCGCCGUCGAGGGGAUCGAUAACGGCGGCGAUGGCGACGCUGCGGAUAGGACGGGUGCUAAACGGGUGUCGAUCGAAUUAGCUGACGUGGUCAACCAACUGGAUGAUCUUCUGAGCAGAGGCAACGAAAAGGAGGCGCUGCAGCUCCUAAGGGACGCGCAAGGAGCUGACGGAGGAUGUCUUGGCUUCGGCGCAGCCACGCAGGUUCCUCGUCGUACGUACACCCUCGAAGAACUGAGGAUGCACAAGAUCGAAGCUUCCCGCCUUUUGUCUCCCCUGGACCGCACGCUUGGUCAGGUUCGUCAGGCGAUAUGGUGGUCUGCUGCAGCGGCCAUGGCAGCGGUUCUGCUUUUCACUGACGUCAGACAAGAUCAGCUUCUUGCUGCUGUGAUUUUUGUCUUAUUCAUCGGGACUGCCGAUCAGGUUGCGAAUGGAGGCGGAGGAGAAUCGCUGCUGAUUGAUACUCUGGGAAGAUUGGUCAGCGAAAAGUACAGGAAAAGGGUAGCGGAGCAUGAAGCAGGACAUUUCCUCGUCUCCUACUUGCUGGGAGUGCUACCCAAAGAUUACACCCUGUCCAGUUGGGAUGCGUACCGCAGGUACCAGGCGCUAAAUGUGCAGGCGGGGACCACAUUUGUUGAUUUCGAAUUCCAAGAGGAGGUCGCGUCUGGACGCGUCUCGAGCCCGAUGCUUGACCGCUAUACUUGUAUUGCGCUUGCUGGGGUCGCAGCUGAGUAUCUGAAAUUCGGCAUUGCUGAAGGUGGAGUGUCUGACAUACAACAGCUUGAUGCGCUCUUUCGUGCGCUCGGAUUCAGUCAGAAAAAAGCCGAUGGCCAGGUCCGGUGGGGAGUUCUAAACGUUGUGACUAUUUUAAAGAGGCAUGCACAGCUGCACACCGCUCUUGGUCAAGCUAUGCUGGCAGGGAAAACUGUGGGACAAUGUAUAGCUCUUAUAGAAGACGACCUCUGUAGAGUGCCUACAAUCUGAUGUGUUUUACAAUGGUCAAGGCUUCAAGCUAUUAAUAGUACAUCUCAGAAAUGCACAUUGUACUCUCUCUGUGUAUACAAUCUUCUAGAAUGUAGCGUAAUCUAUAUCGUUUGUUGUCCUCUUCUCCCUCUCUGCCUACGGUUUACCGGGCAGUUCUGUUUGACGAUAUAUAUACAUGUAUAUUUUUGUCACAGCCCCUCGUUUGUUGUCCUCUUCUCUCUCUCUGCCUACGGUUUACCGGGCAGUUCUGUUUGUGGCGAUAUAUAUAGAGCACAAAGCCAACGCAUGUGGCACCUCUUGACUAAUUUGGUGAUUUUUCAGUAUCUAGACAAUGUAGUGAUCGAAGCCCGCUAACUAUAAUUGUCUGUCUUUCGCCUCUCACUGUGCGUUUGUUCUAUUGACGUUACGUAAUCUGAAGUGUUAAAGAUUAUCUGGCGGCCUUGCAAAAGGAGGACACUCACUUCGAGCUGGAAUGGCUCGUGGACUUUUUGAAUUUCUCCUCCACUUUAUUGUGAUUCCUUCUCCCAUGCCCAGAAAGCAAUUCCCAUAAACAGUGCGGGAAGGGAGAGAGAAUUCUGCCUGGGAUCCACUACAGACAUGACCAUACUACUACCCCUGCACCACACAACUGCCACAGCGGGGUCAUAGCCACCAUGGGGGCUAAAAGCCAAGCAAUCCCCUUGU